AGAAGCUAUUUCAGUUUGCUAGAGGAACAUUUUAAAUCUGAAUUGAACCACCCAUUUUCCUUUCUUAGCCAAAUCACCAAAAUGUGCAGUUAGAACAAGAAUUUAGCAUUCUGCAAAAGAAGUUAACAGCUGAGGUAAGGAGGAAAUAUUCUGAAAUGGAUCCCAAAUAUUUCAUCUUAAUUUUGUUUUGUGGACACCUGAACAAUACAUUUUUUUCAAAGACAGAGACGAUUACAACAGAGAAGCAGCCACGGCCCACCUUAGUCACAUCAUUAAUGUCACAUGUAUUGGCUAAUUCUCAAAACACAACAGGGAAUCCUUUGGGUCAACCAAUGCAAUUCAACGACAUUUCUUCUAGACAAUCAGUAACACCUGCCAAAGUCACUGCUGGACAACCAACACCAGCUGUCUAUAUCUCUUCUGAAAAACCAGCAGCACAUACUUCUGCUGGACAACCACUUGCCUACAACACCAAACAACCAACACCAAUGGCCAACACCUCCUCCCAGCAAGCUGUGUUCACCUCUGCCAGACAACUACCAUCUGCCCAUACUUCUACCACACAACCACCAACGCCAUUUGUCUACACUUUCACUCAACAAUCAUCAACUGUCCAGAUCCCUUCUACAAAACUAAUACCACCAACGGUUCAUAAUCCAUCCACACAACCAAUAUCAACUGUCAAAAAUUCACCUAGGAGUACACCAGGAUUUAUCUUAGAUGUUACCAGUAACAAACAAACUCCACAAAAAAACAAUUAUAAUUCAACAGCUGCCAUACUAAUUGGUGUACUUCUGACUUCCAUGUUGGUAGCUAUAAUCAUCAUUGUACUUUGGAAAUGCUUAAGGAAACCAGUUUUAAAUGAUCCAAAUUGGGCAGGUAGAUCUCCAUUUGCUGAUGGAGAAACCCCUGACAUUUGUAUCGAUAACAUCAGAGAAAAUGAAACAUCCACAAAACAUACCUCAGUCAUUUCACUUACACCCUGGAAACCAAGCAAAAGCACACUUCUAGCAGAUGACUUAGAAAUUAAGUUGUCUGAAUCAAGUGAAAACACUGAAGACUCCAACAACCCCAAAACAGAGAAAACAAAAGAUCAAGUAAAUGGUACAUCAGAAGAUAGUGCUGAUGGAUCAACAAUUGGAACUGCUAUUUCUUCUUCAGAUGAUGCAGAUCUGCCUCCACCACCUCCCCUUCUGGAUUUGGAAAGACAGGAAAGUAACCAAUCUGACAAACCCAUAAUGACAAUUGUAUCUCCUCUUCCAAAUGAUUCUACUAGUUUCCCUCCAUCUCUGGACUGUCUCAAUCAAGACUGUGGAGAUCAUAAAUCUGAGAUAAUACAAUCAUUUCCACCCCCGCCUGACUCACUUAACUUGCCCAUGCCACCGGUAGAUUUUAUGAAAAAUCAAGAAGAUUCCAACCUUGAGAUCCAGUAUCAGGAGUUCUCUAUUCCUCCCAACUCUGAUCAAGAUCUUAAUGAAUCUCUGCCACCUCCACCUGCAGAACUGUUAUAAAUAUUACAACUUGCUUUUUAGCUGAUCUUCCAUCCUCAAAUGACUCUUUUGUUUUUCUUUAUAUGUUAACAUAUACAAAAUGGCAACUGAUAGUCAAUUUUGAUUUUUAUUCAGGAACUAUCUGAAAUCUACUCAGAGCCCAUGUGCAUAGAUGAAACAUUUUUUUAAAAAGUUAUUUAACAGUAAUCUAUUUACUAAUUAUAGUUCCUAUCUUUAAAGUAUAGUACAUUUUACAUAUGUAAAUGGUGUAUGUUUCAAUAAUUUAAUCACUCUGAAACAAUCUACAUAUACUUAUUAUUACCCUAGUACAGUUUUUUUUUCUCCCUGAAAAGCUGUGUAUAAACUUAUUGUGAAUAAACUUUUAUGUUUCCAUUUCAAAGACUGGGGUGGAAAGGAAUAAGAGACUAAGUAUACACUCCAAGUUUUAAAUUAAUACCUCAAGUAUUAAAUAAAUAUUCCAAGUUUGUGGGAAUGGGAGAUUAAAAUGCAUGUUUGAGAAUAGA